UCUACCGACAAAUGCAUCUGUCUCUGAAACGUAAACAAACGUUCAUUUAUUCUCAACAAUGUCUUUGCUAACUGGACCCCGAAUGGUUACACGACUUUUAGCUUCCAGAGCGAAGACUAUGGCCGCAGCUUUACCUGACGAUUUUACCGUUGUCCAUAAACCUAAUAUGAAUAAAUUUAUAAUAGAUUUACCGCCACAACCUCCAAAUCACAAAGAACCAAGUCAGGCCAUCCUUGAGUAUGAAUGGAUCAAAGACAACCAAGUAGAUCUCUAUCAUACUGAAGUACCAGACCACUUUCGUGGAAAAGGGAUCGCUAAAGUCAUAGCUAAAGGUGCCCUGGAUUAUUUUGUUGACAAGAAUAUUAAAAUGGAACUGAGCUGUACAUAUCUGUCGAAAUUUGUCAAAGAUACCAAUUAUAGGUCUUUGGCAGAAUAAAUUUAAAAUGAACUUGGCAGAAAAAAAGAAGAAAAUUGUAGAAGGAAACACAUUGAAGGCGAUUAGUUUUGUCUAGUUUAAUUUUAUUUUUCCAUAAAAAAAAUAAAAAAAUGUGGGUGAAACCAUUUAGGCUUCACUUUAGGCACAUUUUUUUUUGUUUGGCAAACUUAGUUAAGAGAUAAAAUUUCUUAGGUGAAAAUAUUUUAAAAACAGAUCAGACUAGCUUAAAAGAACGUUUAACUAAAUAAUAAUUAAAAACCCUAAGAAAUCUGAAUCAAUGAGGAAACCGCUGCAUGAGUUUUCAGCCUGCUAAAAAUAGAAGCUAAGUAUUCUUCAGAUCACACUUGUAAUCCUCCAUUAAUUUCUUAACCAAAACACAC